GACGCGCACCAAGCGCUCAGAAAAGCAAAGGAGACGCCACAGGACAGCGCGCAAACCACUCCGCAGACCUUUGGAAAAUAUGCAUCCUAACUUGAUGAGCUGGCUGGGGACUCUGGGGUUCCUGCUGUGCGCGCUACUCUGCCUGGGAGCCUUUACGGAGGGAUAUCCAGUGAAACCGGAGAACCCCGGCGAGGACGCGCCGGCGGAGGAACUGGCCAAGUAUUAUUCUGCCCUGAGACACUACAUCAACCUCAUCACAAGACAGAGGUAUGGGAAGAGAUCCAGUCCUGAGACUCUGGACACACUGGUCUCAGAGCUGCUCCUGAAGGAAAGUAGAGACACGCUUCCACAGUCAAGGUAUGACCCAUCACUGUGGUGAAUCGGUCAUCAGCGCUGGCUCUCAGCCACUCGACGCCACCGUUGAUACACUGACCUCCACGUCUGUCAGUUCUUCCCUCUUACAUCCAGUGACCUCUUUGCCUCCGUCCUUCUCACCAGUUUGAGCCAACACAUAUAGGCUUUCCAACCAUUCACCCCAAUGCAUCAGCUGCACUCAACACUGCUUAUGCCCCAUAACAUUGUAAAUAGUUUGUUCAGAAACAUCAUCUGUGAAACAAAUGAGGAAAGCUGAGGAGGGGCGUGUUGAUUAUAUUGUAUAUCUGUGCUAAUAAAGGUCC